UCAGCUUCAGACAUCUGUUCCGAGACGAGAGGAGAGCCGCGGCGGCGCCUCAGCAUUUUUCCACUGUAACCUUACUGUAUGAGCGAGUGGACUGACAAACUGCGGCUCCUGCGCGGUGAAGAGAAAUUACACUGAAUUAUCUCUAAUCACAGUUGAUUCGGUUUUGUUUUUUAUUCGGCGGCGUGCUUCAGCUCGUGACCAUGACAGCCCUGUCGCUGCUCCUGUUGGCCGUGUCGGCCGCAUCUGUCCUGGCCGAAUCCACUGUGUAUUUCCGAGAGCAAUUUGAAGACGGGGAUGCCUGGAAGAGUCGCUGGGUGGAAUCCAAGCACAAGUCUGACUACGGCAGGUUUGUCCUGACUGCAGGGAAGUUCUAUGGAGAUGCAGAGAAGGACAAAGGUCUGCAGACGAGCCAGGACGCCCGCUUCUACGCCAUGUCGUCCCGUUUUGAUGACUUCAACAACCAGGGCAAGCCUCUCGUCAUCCAGUUCAGUGUGAAACAUGAGCAGAACAUUGACUGUGGUGGAGGCUACAUUAAACUGUUCCCCUCUAACCUCAACCAGGAGGACAUGCAUGGAGACUCUGUCUACAACAUCAUGUUUGGUCCUGAUAUUUGCGGCCCAGGCACAAAGAAGGUUCAUGUCAUCUUUAACUACAAAGGCAAGAACCAUCUGAUUAACAAGGACAUCAGAUGCAAGGAUGAUGAGUAUACUCACUUGUACACACUGAUCGUCAACCCCGACAACACUUACGAGGUCAAGAUCGACAAUAAGAAGGUUGAGUCCGGCAAUCUGGAGGAUGACUGGGACUUCCUGCCUCCCAAAAAAAUUAAGGACCCUGAAGCCAAAAAGCCAGAGGACUGGGAUGAGAAGGAGAAGAUUCCCGACCCUGAUGAUAAGAAACCAGAGGACUGGGACAAGCCUGAGAACAUCCCAGAUCCUGAUGCUAAGAAGCCUGAUGACUGGGAUGAUGAGAUGGACGGAGAGUGGGAGCCACCUAUGGUCACUAACCCUGAUUACAAGGGUGAGUGGAAACCCAGAGAGAUUGACAAUCCUGCCUACAAAGGGAAGUGGAUCCACCCUGAGAUCGACAACCCAGAGUACACAGCUGAUUCUGAGAUCUACAAAUAUGACAGCAUCGGCGUGAUUGGACUCGACCUGUGGCAGGUCAAGUCUGGUACUAUCUUUGAUAACUUCCUGAUCACCAAUGACCCAAAUCUGGCAGAGGAAGUCGGCAACGACACGUGGGGUAAAACUAAGGAUGCAGAGAAGAAGAUGAAGGAAAGCCAAGAGGAGGAGGAGAGAAAGAAGCGUGAGGAGGAGGACAGAAAGAGAAGAGAAGAGGCAAAGGACGAAGAUGAGGAGGAGGAGGAGGAGAAGGAUGAGGAAGAGGAGGAGGAAGAAGAUGAGGAAGAGGAUGAAGGGGAAGAGCAGCAGGAGGAGGAAGAAGAGGACGAUGAAGGCACAGACUCUAAACUCAAGGAUGAGUUGUAAACUCCAUGCAGGAACUUCUCAAAAAAUAACCAGACUGUCUGUGUCAAUGAGCCAAUGGAACGAGGCUGGAGACGGAGAUGAUAAACCCUCAGUACGGACACCCCGGGGUGGGGGUUGGGUGGGGUGGAGUUUUUCAUUUCUGUGUUUGUUUACAAAGCAAGGGAGUAGGUGAAAAAGGGCAAUUAUUAUUAUUAUUGUUAUUAUCAUUAUUAUUAUUAUUGAUGUUAUAGAAACAUGAAGAUGUCAUAAUGAAUGUCAAGACAGAAAAUCAUAAAUCUCAAUUGUUCUGCAAUUUAUACGCAACAGAAAUAUAUAAAUUAUCAUUUGUGUUCUACAAAAAUCUGGGUUUUUAUGAAGUACAAUGUUGUGGUGACAUGAAAAAAAAAAUAAUUAUAUUUGGUUUGUGGGUGAUACCAUGAAAAUAUUUUUGUUUACCUCAUGUGUUUUUUUUGUUUUCUUAAUCUGUGUCACAUUUUUUUGUUUGUUUUUUUGUUUUUUUUUGUUAUUCUUAGACGGUCAAUUUUGUCAUUCGGUCUCAAGACCCCCUCUUGGCCCCCUUUUUAAAAGCUACGUCAACCUCGAAGGAUUCGACAGGGUUAGACAUCAUGAUGCAGGUUAUCUUGCCUGCUCUUGUUUAAACCUCUGAUUCAGACAAGUGGAAAUGUCAUGGGGACAAGAGUGCAUGAGGACUGACAACAUAUAUCUGACAACCCGAUAAAGAAUAAAGCAGACGUCCAUGGGAUGGCAAUAUGGGGUGCUUUAAGGUGAAAUCCCUUGCAUAGUUUUAUACUGUAUAGUUAACACUUUUUCACUUCAAUGCACAUACUGUAGUCUCGUGUGUCUAAAUAAACUGUGCUCAAACUCAGAUGUACAUUAAGAGCACUCCAGUAGCAGAAAACCUUCUGUUCCUUUGGUACGCGUUCACUUUAGGUUUACUUGUAGUUGGUGUAAGCAACCAGUUUCCUCAUUUCUGAUGCUAAUCUCUGCACUGCUGUAACCCAACACACUGUCCCAAACUGUCUGAAAGAUGAUCCUUUUGUACAGGAUGCAUUUUGUACUAAUGGUAGUAACUGAAGUGGGCAAAUUUUCAUGUUGCUGUGUAUUAAAAAAAAAAAAAACAAAGACAGGUGUUCUGUCCAAUAAAAACAACCAGAAGAAAAUGGA